CACUCGCGGCAGUUAAAUGCUGCCACUCUGCCUGGUUUGCCAUUUAGUCGCUCGCGAAUUUUGGACUACUUCAAAGCUGUUCGGUGAAAAUGCGCAACCUUGGUUAUAGUGGCCUUUGCACGCUUUUGCUGCUGGUCGGAGGCCUUCAGGCUGCGAUGGCCCAGUUGGCCAACGUUUGCCUACACGAGGAGGAUGGCGCCCGAUUGCCCCUGGCCACUCACUGUGCCCGCUUUGUGGUUUGCCUAAGGGGUGAGGUCUCCAUCAUAGGCAGCUGCCCCCGGGGACUUCACUUCAAUCGGGACCUCGGGGAGUGUGACUUUCAGUGGCGAGCCAAUUGCCUGGGACUCUCAGCAUUUGCCGGAGUGAAUGAUCAGUGCACCUGCGACUGUUGCGCCGAGGAGUGCCAAGAUCCCAUCGAAGAUAUCGAAGAAACAACCACUGCGGUCACCGAGGACUGCCCGACGGAUACUACGCCCACUUCGGUGACCGAUCCCUCGGACUCCACCGAUGCUACUGAUGCAACCUCGGAUGACGAUGACUCCAAUACCACACCAUCGAGUCCAGGUGCUGCGCCCGCGUAUUGCAAAAGCCCCCGCACGAAUUGUGUCGGAAAGGAAACUGGUACCUAUGUCGAUCUGCCCGGCAUCUGCGUUAGUUUCCUCCAAUGCAACAAUGGCUGCGCCGAGGAGUUCCUCUGCCCCUCCGGGCUGUACUUCAACCUGGCGAUAAAUGACUGCGACUACUGGUGGAACGUGGACUGCAUACCCACCGCCGAUGCUUCGGGCGAGGUAGUAGGACCCUCGGGCACCGUCUGCUCCAGUCAGGGUGUGUGCGCCCGUCAGAAGGACGGAGCAAUGUUCGAGGACCCCGAUUCAAAUGGAUUUUUUAUCUGUCAAUGCCAGUGCCCGGUUGCGAUGCCCUGUUCCGAGGGACUGAAGUUCAAUGAGGAGGCUCAGGUCUGCGAUUGGGUAAAGGACAAUGGUUCGGCGAGUGUAUCCUCGGCGGUUGAAUGCCACAAUGGUCUGGUCUACAAUGCCACCUCGGAUCAGUGCGACUAUCCAGCGGGCUAUGUGCCCGAGGUGGCCUGCAAUUCCACCGUCACAGUGUGCCAGAAUCAGCCGGAGGGAGAGCUCUUCCCGGUGGAGGGCAAGUGCAACAUGUUCUACAAGUGCAACUUCAACUGCGCCGUUGAGCAAUAUUGUCCGAACAACCUGGUCUACGAUCCGUAUGAGGAAGAAUGCCGGUUCCCGCAAGAUUAUGAUUGUGAGUGGCCAUAUGCCCCGCCCACGGGUCCCAAUGCAGGACCUUCGGGAACCUCCUGCGAGAGUAACGGUCGCUGUCUGGGUCAACGCGAAGGCACUCACUUCCGUUCCACGACAAAUUGCGGCAACUAUGUCGUCUGCCAGUGCGAGUGCGAGGUCGAGAUGGAGUGCCCCGAUGGGUUGUACUGGGACCAAAACAUGCAGACCUGCAAUUAUAAAUCCGAAGUGGUCUGCUCUCUUUAAAUGACCGAUUGUCGAAUAAAGAAAACCAAUGUGAAGGCA